AUGGGCUUUUUGUCUUACACCAGGCCAGUUUUUGCCGUUUGCAUAUCUUGUGCAGUGCUGGCACUGCUCGUUUUUGGAACUAACACAGAGGUUUCACCAAAACCAGCAACUACUAAGGCUCCAUCUAAACCUACAGCACAUGGGCCAGUAAAUACUGUUCCUCAGGUGUUUCCUGAGCCAGAGAAGACCUACCUCCCCCUGUUCACCAUUAAUUACCCUCGUGUUCAGAUUCCUUUUGAGAUUACAUUAUGGGUGUUGCUGGCUUCGUUUGCGAAAAUAGGUUUUCAUGUGUACCAUAAGAUCACAGUUUGGGUUCCAGAGACCUGCUUGCUGAUCGCUAUUGGCCUUAUUGUGGGAGCCAUUAUGUACUCUGUGCAUGAACAGCCUCCAGCAGUCCUCACCUCCAGCAUCUUCUUCCUCUACAUGCUGCCUCCCAUUGUCCUGGACUCGGCCUACUUCAUGCCCACUCAGGCCUUCUUUGAGAACAUGGGCACGGUGCUGUGGUUUUCCAUUGUAGGCACAUUAUGGAACUCCAUCGGUGUUGGAAUCUCCCUUUAUGGUGUGUGUCAGAUCCAGGCCCUUGGUGUUCAGGACAUCAACCUGCAGGAGAACCUGCUCUUUGCCUCCAUCAUCUCAGCUGUGGAUCCAGUGGCAGUGCUCACUGUGUUUGAGGAUGUGAACAUCCAUGAGCAGCUUUACAUUGUGGUUUUUGGCGAAUCCCUAUUUAAUGAUGCUGUCACUGUGGUGCUGUAUAAUCUGUUCAACCACGUGGCGGAGUUGCCAGUGGUGGACGCUACAGACGUGCUGCUGGGUGUGGUGCGUUUUUUUCUGGUGGGCCUAGGUGGAAUGGUCUUUGGUUUCGUGUUUGGCUUUGUGGCAGCUUUCACCACACGCUUCACGAAGAAGGUGAGAGAGAUUGAGCCCCUCUUCAUCUUCAUGUAUAGCUACCUGGCCUAUCUGCUGGCUGAGCUUAUCUCCAUCUCCAGCAUCAUGGCCAUUGUGACCUGUGCCUUGACCAUGAAGUACUAUGUGGAAGAGAAUGUGUCCCAGCGCUCGUGCACCACUAUUCGUCAUGUCAUCAAAAUGCUUGGCACAGUGUCAGAGACACUCAUCUUCUUCUUCCUGGGUGUUGUUACCAUAACAACUGAUCAUGAGUGGAACUGGGGUUACAUCCUCUUCACUCUGCUGUUCGCCCAAAUCUGGAGAGGCCUGGGCAUCGUGGUUCUAACACAGAUCAUUAACCCUUUCCGCACCAUUCCAUUUAACUUUAAAGACCAGUUUGGUCUUGCCUAUGGUGGCCUUAGAGGGGCGAUAACGUUUGCCCUAGUCUACACUCUUCCAGACACUAUUGUUCAAAAAAAACUUUUUGUCACAGCCACGAUUGUCAUCAUCAUCUUCACAGUCUUCAUCCAGGGUGUCAGUAUAAGGCCAAUUAUUGAACUGAUGAAUGUACGUAAGACCAACCGGAAUCUUGGCACCAUCAAUGUUGAGAUCCACUCAAGGUUGAUGGAACAUAUCAUUGCGGGGGUAGAGGAUCUGUGUGGACAGUGGAGCCACCAUUCCUUGAAAGAUAAGUUUAUGAGGUUUAAUAACCGUUACAUCCGUAAGAUUUUGAUCCGUGAUGACCGCCCUGAGUCAAGCAUUGUUGCGCUGUAUAAGAAGCUGGAGCUUCAGAAUGCCAUGGAGGUUUUGGACACAAUUUCUGGUGACAUUAGCGCAGCACCUUCACUCAUCUCACUGCAUGAGGAGAAGACUUCGUAUAAGAGUUCUUCUAAACCUAAGAAAACAUUUUUGGCAUCUGAUCUGACAGCCAUGCAUGAAAUCCUGUCAAAGAACAUGUACAAGAUCAGAGAGCGGACGGUGUCCUACACCAAUAAGCAUGCCCUGCCCAACGAUAGCAGAGCCAGAGAGAUCCUGGUCAGGCGGCACACCAGCAUCCGACGCAGCCUCAGAGCUAGAAGCUUCCAAGGCUCAGAAGCGAUCAGAUCCCAGAAGUACUUUUCUCUGCCUCUGGGUCAGAGUCUGGACUACAGGUCUGCUACAGAGAGAUUCCGUCACAAUGGCGAUGGUGACACUGCCUUCGAACUCAUUUCCCGGUCAGCCAGGCCCAGGUCUAAACAGCCUCGGCUCGCCUCAUCCAGGGCAAUGAGGCUGGACCCUCUCAGAGAGAUGCACUCUGUGGCAAGUGUGGAGGAUGAAGUGAGGGAAGAGCAGAGGGGACAUGGGCCAUCCCACCUGAGCUCCAGUUCCACUGACUCCAGACCGCGAGCUCCACAUCAGCGCUACGGAUCAUCAGGCAAGCCCAGCAUUGCAGACAGUGAUGCGGAGGCUGAAGAACAGCAGCCCGAAUGUCCUCCACCAGCAUGGACUCCAGAGCCCCCUGACCGGGGCAGUGGUGGUCCACAGAAUCCUCUGCUACAAAGAGCUCAGUGGAAGCCACAGGACCAGUAAGGCAGACAGAGCUGUAAGUGACAUAGGAAUUCAACCAGGCUGUUGUGGUUGGUAUGUUGUUACUCUGACAAAAAAAGAGGUCCACAUUGGGCUUUUUGGAUUUAUAGAAACAUUUUACGCAUGUUUGUUUUUUGAUGUAUAUAAAAUAAUCAGUUUAUAAUACUUAAUUUUUUUCUACCACUCACUGAUGAAAUCAUUAGAAAUCGUAAAUCAUUGGUAUUGGAAAUCCUGAAAAAAUGACCUAUAUGUAGUUGUGAUAAACAGGUCUGGAAAACAACUAAGUUAACAGUUAAAAUUAAUCGUUGAUUUGCUGUAUUUUUUACAUAUCAUAUAAGAAAAUCUCAAUGUUUUCUAUUUUCAAUUCUCUGCAUGAACUGAGGAAUGACCUGAUAAAUCUAUA